AUGACGAUUCAUGCCUACGCCGCUGCUGGCCCUGACGCCCCGUUUGAGGCGUUUGAAUUCGAUCCGGGCCCGCUCGGCUACGACCAGGUCGAGAUCGCGGUCGAGUACUGCGGCAUCUGCCACAGCGAUUUGAGUAUGCUGAAGAACGACUGGGGGAUGACCCAGUACCCGUUCGUCGGCGGACACGAGGUCGCUGGCAAGAUCGUGGCGCUCGGCGAGGGGGUGAAGGGUUUAGAGGCUGGCCAGCGUGUUGGCGUCGGUUGGACUUCGGGGUCGUGCCUGCGGUGCGACCAGUGCCUGUCGGGUUACCAAAACCGCUGCCCCGACGCCGAGGGGACGAUCGUGGCGCGACACGGCGGGUUCGCGGAUCGCGUCCGCGCUCAGGCGGCGUGGGCGAUUCCGGUCCCUGAUGGCGUCGAUCUGGCAGAUUGCGGGCCGCUGUUCUGCGGCGGGCUUACCGUGUUUGGGCCGUUUGUCGAGAACAACAUCAGCCCGACGGACCGCGUCGCGGUGGUCGGGAUCGGCGGGCUGGGGCAUAUGGCGAUUGGCUUCGCCCGGGCGUGGGGAUGCGAGGUGACCGCCUUCAGCACGUCGCCCGACAAAGAAGCGGAAGCCCGCGAAAUGGGCGCCCACCACUUCCUCAACACUCGUGACGCGUCGCAGCUAGCGGCCGCCGCGGGGAGCUUCGACAUGAUCUUGGUGACGGUGAACGUCGCCCUUGACUGGGACGCGUACGUCGCCGCCUUGCGUCCCGGCGGGAAGUUGCACCUGGUGGGGGCGGCGGAAAAAGUCUCGGCGACGGUCUUUCCUCUAAUCUUGGGCCAGAAGGCGAUCACCGCCUCGCCGACGGGAGGGAUUGUCACCGCCCGCAAGAUGAUUGAGUUCUGCGACCGCCACGCCCUCAAGCCGACGAUCGAAGAGUUCCCGAUGAGCGAGAUCAACGCGGCGUUCGAGCACCUGGAGUCGGGCAAGGCCCGGUACCGCAUCGUCCUGGCGGCGGGCUAG